AUGAGCCGAGAGAGGCUGCUCGUGUCCCGUGGAUCGCGCCGAGUGCGGAUCGACGCGGAUCGACGCGGAUCGAUGAUCGCUUGCCUCAAAAUCUGCACUCAAAGAGCAAACGUCUCCGCAUUGGCACCCGAAGGCUACGAUGCCCAGGCCAAUCAGUUCGGAUACGUGAAUGUCACCGACAUGAAGGUCAUGGGCAAGCUCGCAGAAUUCCUUGGCCUAGAUGCCGACGUAGUCAGCAAAGAGAUGAAGGCACUGGACUUCGAUGCCAACAACCUCGUCUCCUUUGCCGAGUUCGUGCUCUGGGCAGACAAGCACACCAUUGGCAUCCCGCUUGGCAUUGCCAUCCCGGACAAGCGAGAGUGGAGGAAAGGUAUGCCAGCCCAUUGGACGACGAUUCCACCGCCCAGCCCUGAGGAGGAGGCUGCUCUCAAAGCAUCGACGACCGCCGGCGUGGCGGUUGGCAAGGCGAAGAAAGCCAAAGCAAAGAAGGCAUCUGUGCCGGAAGAUCCGGACACAACAGAGUUGGAGGACUUCAUCGCUGCAGCCAAAGACGCUGAGUGGGAGAAGGUUUGGGAAAUUCUGGAGAGACAUCCGGGCUAUGUAAAUAUGCGACCUCCAUACCGUCGCUACGCUGCAAUCCACCAGGCAUGCUUUCACGGAGAAGCUGACGUCGUCCGGAAAUUUGUUGAGGAGUGGAAAGCAGAUCCGCUGCUCAAGACCAAGGAUUCGGAGACUCCCGAGGAUGUCGCCCAGGAGAACGGCAACGACGAAGUGGUCACCUAUCUCCAGGAGAAGCAAAGUGAGGAAGCCGAAUCUGCUGAGGACGAGGAAGACGACGAGCCACCCUUGAAGAUGAUGCGAGGUGGGGGUUGCGAGCUCGAUCCUGAAGCGCUCAUGGAGAAAGCAAACGAGGCGAUAGAGCAUGCAAAGUGGCAGCAAUGGGACGAGAUGCUCUCCAUCUUCGAGUCCUACCCAGGCUGUCAGAACAUGCGCCCGGAGUAUCGAAGGUUUGCCGCGAUCCAUCAGGCCGCCUAUGCGGGAGACGCCAAGAUCUUGAAGAAGAUGGUCGACUGCGGUGCCAACCCAGGCCUGCUGACCCGAGACAAGGAGACGCCUCUGCAGAUCGCCGAGGCUGAGGGCAACACGGAAGCAGCCGCUUUCCUCGAGUCCAUGGAGGUCUCUGCUGAGAGCGCGGCGUUAAUCCAGGAGGCGCACAAGGUGAUUGAUGCUGCCAAAGAAGGGAAGUGGGACAAAACCUUCGAACUCCUCGAAGCCUGCAAACAUCCAGAUCAAGUCGUGAACUGCCGGCCAUCCGUGCGCCAAUACGGCGUACUUCAUCAAGCUGCAUUCCACGGCGACAUCGAGGUCCUGAGGAGGCUGCUGGAGGACUUCAAGGCCAACGUGAAGCUCCUCACCAAGGAUGGGCAAAGCGCGCUGCAGAUUGCCCAGAACGGCAGCCAGGAGGCAGCAGCCAAGUAUUUGGAGGCGUGCGUGCCCAGCAUCCAGCUCGAGGAUGACUUUGUAAAGUAUCCGGAGCAGAUCCUUUACGCAGCAGCCGCUGUGGCUCGGGGUCGAACUGCCACUGGGAAUGGGUUGUUCAGGGCAGCUGAGAUGCACGUCCAGUUGGUGACACCGGCUGGAACUCUGAUCGCCGAUGUGGCUCUGCGUCCUGACGACACCCUUCACGAUCCUUGGAGCGAGCUUGGUAGCAGGUACAGAUACAAGAAAUCUCCGAUUCCCGAAGCCAAGGAGCUGUAUCGGCUCGGCUGUGCCAACUCGUCCUUUGAUUCCACCUGUGUGCUUAGGUUCCAGCUACUGGAUGCUCAUGCGAAUCCCUUGCAACAUGAUGGCCUGGUGCGAGACAACGUCAAGGAUGGCGAUUCCGUGACUUUCGUUGCCAUCGCGCGAGACUGGAUGGGGGCUGUCAAGAGGGAUCCGGCUACCCUGAGAUGCGCUCCGCAUUUUGCCAGGGCAGAUCCUCUGGUAGUUUUGGAGGCUGUCAGGAAACGCGGAGCAGUUCUUGCCUAUGCCGCACGAGAGCUCCAAGACAAGCGAGACAUCGUGUUUGCCGCUGUAUCGACGGACGGCCGUGCCCUGGAGUUUGCCUCGGCGAAGCUGCGAGACGACAAGGAGAUCGCUUUGGCGGCGGUGUGCCACCAGGGCCGGGCCUUGCGCUUCGCCUCGGAGCGGCUGCGCUGCGACCGGGAAGUCGUCACCUGCGCCUGUGUCAAUGACGGGAAUUCCUUGGAAUAUGCGAUGAACUGGCGCAGGGACAAGGCAAUGGUCCUUCUGGCAGUCGAACGGCACCAGGCUCUGGACCGGCAGCCGCGCAGUCCCAUCCAAUUUGCUGCUCCUGAGCUACUGGGGAACUAUGACUUCAUGUGGCAAGCGGCACAGCUCGACCGCCGCUGUGUUGACUUUGCUGCUGCUGACAUACGUCCGGUUUUGCGGACCACUUUGGAGGAAAGUCUGGUUAUGGAUCACGGUGUCCUUGAGAUGAAGGUGCCGCUGACGGAGUUGAAGUUCCGGUCGGAGCGCAGCACGGCGCCAGGAGCAGAGGCCUUCGUGAAAGUUGAAGACAAGACUCUGCUGAAGAGGUUCCAGACCCUUCUCGACAAAUCGCACAAGAGCUCUUGCAAUUUCACGCGGGACAGAAACUGGGCCAGCGGUGUGUUCGAGAACUGCACGCCAGUGCCGACCGGAUACGAGCUGGUAGGUGCUGUUCGCAACGAGAAUGCGGCACUUUGGCGCAUCUACCAGGUCUCGAAGGAGGUUACGCGGUUGGACUGCGCGAAGCCUCUGAAGGAAGCGCCCUUCAAGAAGUGGACGCCUUUGACGAUGGAGGCUGGCAAGGGCUUUGACUGGAGCGAUUUUGACAUCUGCGAAGAUGCGAACGAAUGGAUUCUCUUCCAUGCUUCCAUUCCAGAGGCGCUCUCUGCCAUUUGCCGCACCGGCUUCACCAUGGCCAAACUUGGCUCCGGCGGCACCACGGGCGGCGGCGGCCUGUACGGUGAUGGCACGUACUUCGCCGACUCGAUCACGAAAGCUGAUGAGUAUGCUCGGCGCAAGGUGGAGAAGGGUGAAUUCGCUGGAUGUCGAGUUGCAGCGAUCUGCCGGGUACUGGGUGGUCGGCAUUUCUACAUGGACAAGGAUGUCAUGGAGAAGGACAAGCCCAAGUUUGCCAAGAGAGUGCUCGAAGGACAUUACAACAGCACCGUGGGAGACCGCCUGAAGGUGAAGAACACUUUUAGGGAGUACGUGGCCUACGAUGCAGCAGCAACGUACAUGGAGUAUCUCAUCUACUACCGGCGCAAAGGUGUGCCGGCAAAGCACGAGUGA